UGCAAACUAUUGUUGUGAAAACACAAUGUUGAAUGGGUAUGGUUGUGUGGCAGUUGUCAUCUGGUAUUAGUAGACGUCAGUCAGUUUCAGUCAGAGAGGAAAAAAGCUGGCAAAAAUAAAGAGAGGAAAAUUCAUUUUUGUGCUUAGUAUUUAUUUUAUAUUAAUUGACAAAGUGAAUGAAAAAGUGCGAUAAAUGGAACAUAAGGUGCAUGAAAUGUGUGUUGUGCAGGGGAAAUGCGGAAAAAACUGACGGGAAAUUGUGGAAUUUUGUGAUACUUUACAACUGCGAUUAAACUACGCAACGAAAGAGUAGUGCUCCAAGUUGCUUUUAUGCAAGCUUAAAUGGUGAUCGAGAAAACCACACAAAGCCUUUGGAAAGUCAAAAGAUAAACGGUGAAAUCCCAUUUGUUGAGUCACCCGCCCAGGAAACAAAGCACUGAUAAGAAAAAUAUAAAUGAAAUAGAAAAUAAAAAAAGUCCGCAUAACCUAGAGACAAAUUGCAGCAGCGAGCCUUUCUACUCUAAAUGUUUUAUCGAGAGAUUUUUCUUUGUGAUAAAACAAUGUGGAGUCUGCCUCUUGUGGUAUUGGCAGUGGAAAAUAGAGAAUGCUAGCAGUUAAAACGGACUUUUGGAUCUCACCUGAAGAUAGCGGAAAUUUAAGACUGCAAUAGCUCGCAAUUUUCUACAGAAAAAAAGAGAAAGAAAUUUUUUUUUGAGAGAAAAGAAAAGAAGAAAGAAUGAAAAAGAAAGACGACGAAAAAUAAUAAAGAGAGAUAUAAAGUAAACAAACAAAUACCACUGCAAAACGAGAGAAUUGAUAAAUUUGCUCGUACAUUGAAAGUGAAAUACAGGAAGAUAAAAACAAAGAAAAGAAUAGCAAAGUGACGUUACUUCAAGGAAGCACAUAAAACGUAAAGAAAAAUGUUGUACGUUUUUCACGUGGAUACCGGUCGAAUGAUCACAUUUGACAUGGGUGUAGCGCUCGAAAAUGUGCAAUAUCUGAAGGAGAUGAUUGAGACACAUUAUCACAUACCAGCUGCAAGUCAAGUAUUACUGGUCAGUGGUGGUGAAAUGUUAUCUCCGCAAAAUAGAAUUUGCAGCUACUUGGGUGGGACUGAUACAAACCCCAUUUUUAUGUUUAGCACAAAUAUAAUAGAAUCCAAAAAUCCACCCCAACCAUGGCCAAGUAUAGAACCUGAUAAUGAUUUAAAGGAUCAGGUGGAACGGUGUUUAUCUCUGCCAGCAAAUUACAAUACUGUGGUAAAAAGGGCGCAGUUAGCUCAACAAAUUUAUGAAUUAGGUAGAGAGGAGACGCGCACAUGUGAGAAACUCGUCCAUGAGCAACAUCUGCAGCAACAAGGAUGGGCAGCCGUGGUGGCAAAUAUGGAGGAUCUCACGGAGGAAUUCAAGAAGAGAUGCAGUGAUUUCCAAAAUGCAUUCAAUGAAGUCCUCGAGAAAAGAAUUGAAUAUUUGGAAUGUUUAUCACACUUCAACGAAGAUUUGGAUAAAUUAUCCAAUAUUCCAAUUCUUCCGGCUUUACUUCAGAAUGCAGAAAAACCCUUUCAUGCCUUUGAUGAUGUUUACGAGAAUGAUUCAUUUCAGAAGGGAAUUGAGAAGGCUGCUGAAGGGGGGUUUCCUGAAUCAAGUACAAGAACAACGCGCGAAGGGAGUGCGGAAGAAACAAAAUCAUCAUCAUCAAGUGUGAAAGAGAGCGAGGAAAAAGGUGAAGAGGGCGAUGAUAAGGUGAGUGUGAAAGCAAUGACACUCCUACAGUGGAUAUCAGCGCAGGAAAAUCAGAUUUCUCUGAGGAAAAUGGCAGCUGAAUGCCUAAAGAGUUUGGAGCAAUUUGACGAGAAGGAGAUGACGAGUUUGAAGACCGAAGUGAAGAAUGCAAUUGAGAAUGCCCAAAAGGAGGAUGUGAAGCUAAUAAAGGGCUUAGAAGAUCGCCUGAGUGGUCUUGAGAAAUUAAUGUUUGACGUGAAGAAUAUUGUGAAGGAACAAAGUGAAUUAGCUCAGGCAUUCCAACAAAAUCAAGCACGAGCCAAUAAUCUCGGUGAUACAUCGAUUUUGCCUGAUUUGUGUGUUUCACACAAAAAUCAAUUGAUUGUUAUGCGAAGGAAUCACAAACAAUUGCGUGAUAUUCGAUCCCGAAUUUCACGGGCAAAAACUGAACUCGGACACAAUUUACUGCAAAGGCUUAAAUAUAUUAGUUACAUUGAGAACCGAAUGUACGAAAUAGAUAGUAAAUUACUGUUCAUUCACCGCAACUGCCGUAGACUUCAGAAACACAUGGGAAUUAUUGAGCAAAUUCAUCAAGCUCCGAGUGUGUAUGUUACAGCUGUGACUGAAGUUGUCAGACGAAGAACCUUCUCCAGCGCUUUUUUAUUGUGGGCUUCCGAUUUAGCGAGUCAUCUCACGACAAUAUACAGCGAAGAAGUUGUGCGUCGCCAGGAAUUUUGGUCAAUGUUUGAAGGCCACUUCCUUUGUACACUCUUCCCAGGCAUUGAAGAUAUGCCACCAUCGUAUGCAACCGUAGCACCUUCGACGUUUGAUGCUAGUCUACCGAAUUUAACAAGAGAUGAUAUCAAUGAGUUGUCUGAUUUUGGGUUAAAAAUUGAACUUCCGGACUUGAGUGCUGUGAUAGAUUUCUUUUCAUCAAGAUCUGGGGGUAAAAAUGAAGAUAAAUCAACUUUGGUUGAUGGCGACAGGACAAAUGGAUCGACUAUAAGCCGAAAUGUGGCAGUGGGAACGAGUGAUCUACCAAAGAUACUCGAUAUGCAUUCUCACCUAAAAGAUUAUGAAAGGGGAUUCGAAAGUGAAACUGACACUGAAGAAUUUGAGAAAGUGGGUCAGAGUCCAAUUGAUCGUCGUCGAAUUUCAACAACGGGAAGUCUUCAGGCAUACACCACACUUGCUACGUCAACGCAGACAUCACUAGCUCCAGUUAUGACAUCACUUUCUAAGCCAGAAAUGUGCAAUAUCAGCACAUCAACCGAAGUGGUGGUAACACAAACGAUUGAAACUCUAACUGAGUCCACAUUGUCAAUCCCAUCAAAGAAAAAUCCUCGUCUCAAUAAACUCAACGUGUUGAACUCAAUGAAGAGUCUCGACAGCAAUAAUUCCCUAACAUUCUCAACGGGUUCAACAUUACCCUCAAUCCCUGAAAUAACAUCACCAUCCCACAAUACCGACUCCGAUGCCCAAUCAGUGUCAGCAUCAUCCCAAAGUGCAGAUAAUUCGGCAGAAUGCGAUCAUGAGAUUAGUGGAAAAUGUUUGGGCCACCACCCAUCGUCAUUUCGCAAUCAACAUGGCAAUUUGCAAACAACACUCGAUAGUGAAUUUAUUAAUUCUGAAUUUUACAUUGACGAAUCCCUGCCAUCGAGCUUAAGUAGUGACCGUAUCGAUGGCAUAGGGCAGAAUAUUGUUUCACCAUCAGAUGACAAAGAUAAAUUCCAUUUUGCGGAAGAGCACCGUGAAUAUGAUACUGUUAUCAAACUACUUCAGGAAAAUUUGGGAACGACAAGGUGUGAGGUGGAGAAAUUGAAGAACCUCCUGAGAAGUCUCCAUGCACAGUCCCAAGCAGCAAUUCAGGUUUUUCGUGAGCAGAUAAAGGACAUUCGGCAUGAUACGGAAAGUGGGAAAAGUGAUUUGGAUAUACAAUUGAAGUCUCUCAAUGAUGCGUGGGAAAUGAUAAAGCUCGAGGCGACGAAUCAUCAGCAGGAAUUAAUCAAACGUACGGUGGAUCAUGAAUUGGAGCUGAAUGAUUUGAAGAAGACACUCGAUACAAGCAAUGAGAUGAUUGUGACGUUGCAGAAUGAAAAGAAAAAUCUCGAGGAUGACCAUAAGUUGGCGGUGAAGAAGUAUGAGGUGCUCAUGGAGGAGAUGCAGGAGAAAGUGAAGGGAUUAAUGGAAGCAGCUGAUGAGUAUCGUGCACGCGAAGUGAAGGUGAAUGAGGAAAAGGAGAAGCUCACAAAAGAGAUUACGGAAAAGUUGAUGCGUGAACAUAAAUCGGAGCUGGAAUCUCUACGGUCACGGUACAAGUUGAUGACGAGCAUUGAGAGGUCACCAUCGGAUACGAGUCUUGAGAAAAUUGAGCGCCCCGAUUUGCUCGAAAUGUCCGGGCAUGAGGCUGUGUUUCAGCAUACAAAGGAUGAAUUUGUAGCUGAACGGGGUUUAGCAAUAAAAUCCACUGCUGAUCGUGAAAGAUCACGAUGGGAGCAUCGAAGUGGGUUAGGUCAAAUUCUCCUGAGUGGUUCACCAAAGUCUCCGUCGAAGGCACAUGAUAUUUGCAAGAGAAUUAUCGAGGAUAAGGAUAAUCAAUUGGAAUUGAUGCGCCAAAGGGAGGAACAACUACUAAAGGAUAUCAAUCGGCACAGAGAAACAAUUCAGAAUUUAACUGAAGAUGAUACCAAUAGUGUGAUUGCGUUCAAGGAAAAGGUAGAUGGACUGCAGAAGGAUAAGUCUCGUUUAGAGCAAGAAUUGGAGAUGGAGAAGUCUAAACGUUUGGAAAUGGAAUCUUCCUUUGCAGCGCUGAAAGUAGUCAAUCCCGACAGUACAGCCGUUAGCCCAGACCAAAUGACUAGAAGUGGUGCAAAAUCCAAAAGUUCAAGUUCCCUGGGCAAGGGUUUGAUAACCAUAUCAACUUGUUCAAAGGGAGAUUUGGUAAUCGUUGUUUGGAAUAGUAUUCACGAACAAUACAUAAUUGUUCAGGAUACUUCCAUCCUUUACUUUCUUCACGGUGAAAGUUACAAUACUCUUAAACUUCCUCGACUUACGGCAAAUGAAACUCCACAUAUGAUACCAUUAGUAGCCAAAGUGAUUGAAAAGGAGUUUUGUGUAGCGAGAAAGGAUGAGAAUAGGUAUAAAGUCAGCAAAGGAACUAAAUUCUAUCGUGUUAAAGUAGAACCAGUUUCAUCUACACCUCAACCAUUGGAUGCUGCACGUUCAUCUCGAAGGCAUGAAACAACUGGAAUUCAAUCGGGAAGUGUUGGCCGGUCAACGAGUACCGAAUUGCCGAGUAGUUCUUCCGUUUCUCAAACAUCCACUCAUCUAAUUGAUUCUUUUGCCCAAACUGAAUGCCCCAUUCUCAUUGAGGAUGUCAGUGAGGCGAAGGAUAUGGUGGAUUCGGGUGUUGAUGCACAGCAAAAGAGUAUCUACAAGGAAAGGAAUGUGAGUGUAACGGAGGAAGAUGAACCAGUAUCACUGUCAGAUCAGCGUUGUUGCAACAUCAGUGUCAGUGAGGAGGAUGAGGAGGCAGCUAAUGUGGAAAACGCCAGUGAGGUAUCAAAUCCUUUUCUUAUCCAUUCGAUGUCUGACCAAGAUGAUUCGGAUGAAUAUCGGUCGUUAGAGUCAAAAGAUGGAAGCGAUUUCAGUGCCCAAUAAAAAAUCAACGAUUUUCAACAAAUUAGAAAAACUUUUUUUUUCCAUAGGAUUUGAUGUUUUAUAGUUUCACAAAAAAUAGGACAGAAAAUUUAUUUAUUACAAAAAAAUAGAUUUUAUGACAUUUUUCCUGAAAACUUUCCUAAGAAAAAAAGAAUUAAUAAAUACACUCAAAUUUGUAAUGCAUGCAUAAAAUAUAGAUUAUUUUUUCUAAAAACAAUAUUCUGAUAUUCAAAACGUCCAUUUUUGUCUUAUAAAAAAAUGAAAAUCAAAUAAAUAGAAUAGAAAAAUCUAAUGUUGAAUCUAAAUUUAAAAUAAACCAACAAAAUUCAAAGGUGUUGGGUGACAAAAUUCAGCAAAUAUUAUCCAUUUUUGAACACUUCUCCAAUAUGUAGAAUUUGCUAUUCUUUUAAGCUUUUUGUUUAAAAGAACAAUUUUAUAUUUUUGGUGCAAAAGAUUCACAAUUUUUAUUUCUAUUUUGUACUAGUUGCCUAUUAAUUCUCUUUCUUGUCUCAACUUCAUUAUCCUUUCUUUUAUCUCAUCUCUGUGUAACUAAAAAGUUUACAUAAUAAUUCAUUAUAGAUACACAUGAUUGUAAAGUUUUAGCAUAUGGGAUUGAUUCUGGGAAAAAUCUUUUUUUUUUUCACAUAGACAAUUACGAAAUUUGGACAGUUUCUUUCUUUAAUCGUGUUAUCUUUUCAGAAACUUUUACAGAAGUUUUUAAAAAGUUUCUGGAACAUUUUUAGUUAUUUUAUUACAUGACAAAUAUCAAUUGUCAAAAUCUUUAAAAUUCUAGAUGGUAAAAGUCAAGAAAUUUUUACACAGAAUCGACCCCAUGAUAUUAAAUAUUUCAAAUUCAUCAUCUUGUGGAGAAGUUGUUUAAAAAUUUGGGAUAUGCUUCUUUAAACAAAAAAUUAAAUAAAUAACUAGCUUACAAUACUAAGAUUUUGCAGUCACUCAAUAUAAUUCUUUUUCUCAAUAUUUCUACCAUUUUUUUUGGUUAAAACAAUAUUGCCAUUCGAUUGGUUCACUUUUAGACUAGAUUAAUUUAAUAUAAUCCUAAUGAAAUAAAUAGAAGAAAAUAGAAAUUGAAUGGAUUUUUUAAAUUAAAGUUCAAACUGCAAUUUCAGAGACCUUCAAGAGGUGGUAGUAUUGGAAUUUUCACGCUAAUCGAAUCGUUUUUGACACCAAUGCAAUUGUAAGAGCUCUUCAUUUCACAAUGUUAUAUACUUUUUUUUUUAAAUAAUGUACCGGAUACAAUUUUUAUUUAAAGAAAAAAAAUGAAUGGAAAGACAAAAAAAUAUUUUAAAAUAAAUUUGUGAACUAUUGAGUUGUUUCAUAAAUUAUUCCGAAUUGUGCUUAUUAAAAAAACACGGAAGUGUUUGAGAAUCAAUCCGGAUUAAUAUAGGACACCUCUAUAAAAAUAAAAAAAAGAAAUAAUAAAUUUAAUGUUUGACGUUGCCAUUUAAGAAAAUAAUUUACAUUUCUUGAGAAAAAAUAAGAAUUAAGUAGAAUAAAAAUCUACACAAUAAAAAAUUACAAAAAAAUACUUCAAUAUAAUUUUCUUUUAGUUUUACAUUUUUCUUUACUUGAACCAAGAAACAAGACACUACCAACAACAUUUGACAAUGCUUUAGUUACUACAUAAUAUUUAAUACAAAAUUCUAUGGACGAUCAAAUAGUAUAAAAAUUGAAAUCAAAUAGUUUUUCAGGAAAACUUUGUAUUUGAGGAAAGAUUGAAGGGAAGUUGCUAAAAGAAGUAAACUGAAAAUAUUCGUAUAUUUCAAAUAAACAAAUUAACUGAUAAGAAUUUAUCUUCUUCAAAUAUUUAGUACGACAUGAAAAAUAAAAGAUAUGACAUAAAAUCUCGAUAUUCCAGAUGAUAAUACGGUGCGAUAUUCGAAAUAAUAUACAUAGGUAAUAGAUAAUUGUGUUGUAUUUUUGAUAGGUUCAUAUUUUUCUUUUGAUUUUAACAACAAAAUUUACUAUCAUCCUUUUUUGCUAACUUCUUCGACAAUAAAAAUUGAUGUUUUGUUCAAAUUUUUUUCUUUCUUUAACGUCUUGUACCUCCUUUUGGCUUACCUAAUUUAUUUUUGGCUGUCAAUUUCUCUGUAGUCGUUGCACUAAACAAUUUUGAUUUUAUGCAAUAUUCUAUGAGCUUUGCAAAAAACAAAAGAAGAAUGUAAAUAAUAUGUGACAAAGGCAAAAGAUUUAAUGAGUGAUGCGUAGAUAGAACAAUACAAAAACAAAUGUAGAAUAAAAAAGAAAUAUAAAUUUGCCGUAAAAUACAGAUUCAAAAAAUGCAAAAGAAAUAAAUAAAAAUAUUACCAGAAAUUAAUGGAUAUUGUGGCUUUUAUGAUAGAGCAGCAGAAAAAUAUUCGAAUGAAUGGUUAUAUUUAUAAUGAAUUUCAUGAAAGUAAAAUGGAUUGAGAUAGAGUAGAGAGGAAAAUGUUUGAUAGUGAAAGAAAAAUCUUCAUUAAAAAAAAAAUAUUGAUGCAAAGUUGUUUGGCAAUGAUGAGAAAUUUUUAGACAAAAAAGGCACGACUGUAAGUUUGUUAUUACCUCAUAAACAAAAAAAUAAGAGAAAAAAGUUAAAAAUUAAAUCAUCUUACGUAGAUAUUCGACAACAAAAAAAAGAAGAAAAAUUCCGUGAAGAAAAAUCAAGGAAGAAGCGAAGAAGAAAAUAGAAUUAAAGAAAAAAACUACAAUAUAAUUCUUAGUGAUUUUUAUAUAAAAAAAAAUUAAACAAAAAAUGAAAAAAGAAUUCAGUACACAAUUUUAAAUGUU